AUCUGUCUGCAGCUCCUUCCCGCCCCGGCCUAGCUCUGCAAGCACUGAAUGCCAUCCUCUGCCACCAUGAGUCACCACCCGUCGGGCCUCCGGUCCAGCAUCAGCUCCACCUCGUACCGCCGGACCUUUGGGCCGCCGCCCUCACUAUCCCCGGGGGCUUUCUCCUAUUCCUCUAGCUCUCGCUUCUCCAGCAGCCGCCUGCUGGGCUCGGCAUCCCCGGGCUCCUCGGUGCGGCUGGGCAGCUUCCGUGCCCCUCGGGCGGGAGCCCUGCGCUUGCCCUCGGAGCGCCUCGACUUCUCCAUGGCCGAGGCCCUCAACCAGGAGUUCCUGGCCACUCGCAGCAACGAGAAGCAAGAGCUCCAGGAGCUCAAUGACCGCUUCGCCAACUUCAUCGAGAAGGUACGCUUCCUAGAGCAGCAGAACGCGGCUCUGCGCGGGGAGUUGAGCCAGGCCCGGGGCCAGGAGCCGGCGCGUGCGGACCAGCUGUGCCAGCAGGAGCUGCGCGAGCUGCGGCGCGAACUAGAGCUGUUGGGCCGGGAGCGCGACCGGGUGCAGGUGGAGCGCGACGGGCUGGCGGAGGACCUGGCCGCGCUCAAGCAGAGGUUGGAGGAAGAAACCCGCAAGCGGGAGGAUGCGGAGCACAACCUCGUGCUCUUCCGGAAGGACGUGGACGACGCCACCCUGUCCCGCCUGGAACUAGAACGCAAGAUUGAGUCUCUGAUGGAUGAGAUUGAGUUCCUCAAGAAGCUACAUGAAGAGGAGCUGCGAGACCUACAAGUGAGCGUGGAGAGUCAGCAGGUGCAGCAAGUGGAGGUGGAGGCCACCGUGAAGCCGGAGCUGACCGCGGCGCUGAGGGACAUCCGUGCGCAGUACGAGACCAUCGCGGCGAAGAAUCUGCAGGAGGCAGAGGAAUGGUACAAGUCUAAAUACGCUGACCUGUCUGACGCCGCCAACCGGAACCACGAGGCCCUGCGCCAGGCCAAGCAGGAGAUGAACGAGUCUCGACGGCAGAUCCAGAGUCUCACAUGCGAGGUGGACGGACUGCGCGGCACGAACGAGGCGCUGCUCAGACAGCUGCGGGAGCUGGAAGAGCAGUUCGCCCUGGAGUCGGGAGGGUACCAAGCGGGCGCUGCACGGCUGGAGGAAGAGCUCCGGCAGCUCAAGGAGGAGAUGGCGCGGCACCUGCGGGAGUACCAGGAGCUCCUCAAUGUCAAGAUGGCCCUGGACAUCGAGAUCGCCACCUACAGGAAGCUAUUGGAAGGCGAGGAGAGCAGGAUCUCGGUGCCAGUCCAUUCCUUCGCCUCCUUAAGUUUGAAGACAACUACUGUUCCUGAAAUGGAGCCUACCCAAGAUAGCCAUAGCCGGAAGAUGGUUCUGAUCAGAACUAUUGAGACCCGGGAUGGGGAGCAGGUGGUGACAGAGUCCCAGAAGGAGCAACUUAGUGAAUCGGACAAGUCUUCCACUCACAGUUACUGAGCCCCUCAUGCUCAGUACAAUCCUGGACCUAAGUCUACUCAAAGUCAAAUCCUAGCACUCCCCAGUCCUCAGCCAACCCGGUCCUUUGCAUGUGUCAUGAGUCUUUCCCAGCAAAGCCUCCACAGGCCAGCAGUAACAGGGCCUCUCCCAAUCCUGACAUACAGAUGUUUUCCUUUCCUUGUCCUUAUAAGAGGCAGAUGACCCCCAGGACAAGAAGUCUGUUCAAGAAUGAUCCCAUGAUCAAUAAGGUGGGCCAAAAUGUGCGUUCCGCUUUGAGUUAAAUAAAACUACUACUGAGAGAAACCUCUCGCUGCAUUUGUCUG